AUGCUGCGACCCGUGCGACUGGCGUGUCAGUCGCUUUCCCGGGCGACUCCCACGCAGCGGAGAGGACCCCACGGCAAUAAUGUCCUUACGACCGCACAGGAGAGCGUGAGACGUAGCGUGGUCUCUGCGCCUCAGCUUCCCCCGCGCGUGCCGGAGGAGUUUUUUCUCCCUCCCAACUCCAACCACUGUCGACUGUGCGGUGAGGUGCAGCUCCGCGGAGUGCCGCAUACAGGGUCCUCAGUGCAUCAACUACUAGAGUCGAUCACGUGGCUGUUAGUUACCAGAGCCAAGAGGCACCCCAGCGGCGCAGUGGGUGUGGCUCCGGAAGCGUCCCGUGUGUUUUUUCUUGAGGAAGCGCAGCGGUGGGAAAGGGUACUGCGUCAUUUCUGUUGCUUCCCUCUCACACAACACAUGUCUGCGUUUAGUGGGGGGGAGGCAACCGAGGAGAUUUCUGCAGAGAGCUAUUUAUCGGACGUCGCGUCGGAGAGUCUAUGGCGUCAUCUUGUGCAACGCAAAGCUUCACUGUUACGCGAUAAGCUUCAUGUUUUGAUGGAGUUGGGUGUGUUGAACGUCACGGCGCCGCGUGGGGGUAAAACGGACACCGGUAUGUUUCAGCGCGACGCCGGGUUUCAGCGACUGGAGUGCAUUGGCGACCACAACUGGGGGCAUUCCGUUUGCCAUAGACUGAUUGUGUUAUUUCCGGAGGUCAAUUGGCGGACGCUCUCGAACGUGUUUGUUGUCGAUGCCCUCCGCACGGUGCUGGAGAGCAACAAUCACUUGGAUUACGUCUUUACGGUGCUCCAGCUGGACGACCUGCUGGGGAGCUGUGAGUCGCAGGGGAAAUCCACCAAAUUUAAGGCCGAUGUGGUGGAAGCCAUUGCCGGGGAGUUGCAUGUGGCGUUGUGGUCACUGGAGCCGUACGACACGGAUGGCAUCAGCACACGCCCUUCUUUGCACGGUGUGCCAGCCACACCCCCGUUGGCGAUUUUUGUGAGAAGUUGUCUGAACGAAUUGCUCGAUACGAUUUUCUACUCCUUCAUUGCAAAGUAUAACGUGCAGCUGGUGCGGACCGUUGUGGCGCUUUCGCGCCGCGAGGAAUAUAUUAUGGAUUCCUCGUCGUCGCCAUUUUACGCACUACGCGGGUCACGGCGGCGGCGAUUGGGCACCACCGGAAGCCCGCGUUGGAUUCUUCCCUCGCACCCGAGGCUGCACCAAGAGCUGCAGCCGCGGGGCGGCCGCCCCAUCACACACGUGACUUUUUCUUGUGCGAAGCCGCCAGCCUCACUCGCGGCAAUUGAUGCAGGUUAUGAAAAGGGAGCAGUCCCCACGGAUGGGUUGCUGCAGGAAGUGGAACGGCCCAUGAAAGCCGCUGCAGAGCGACACAUCACGCGACUUAUCGCACGUGAGUUGAUAGACAGGUGUGGUGUCCUGGAUUGCUUCUAUGGCACAGUAGUAAAAGACGGUUAG